GGUUAGGUUAGGGCAUGCCUAUUAUUGCCAAACAAAUAGGGUUCCUUCUAGACCGUCUGCCCCCUCGCCUAAGUCGCCUCUGCCUCGACUUUGCCCCUGCCCAGCGCCGAGAGUUUGGGUGCCCGCCCACCUGGGCCCACUCGCUGCCACUGCCAAGUGCCACUGCACAUGUGCGACGACGUCUCCUCCUUCCCCCCAUCCCAUCCCAUUCCCAUCCCAUCCCAUCUUCUGUUUCGCCCGCUGCCACCUCUUCCACCUCUUCCACCGCCAACCAACAUCCAGCAAACCCGCAACCUCCAACCCCCCAGCCCAGUCGACUGAGCCAACCGAGUUGA